CGUUCAGCCACGGCCCCCCCGGCCCCGCCGCCGCCCCGGUGCUGCUCCGGCCGCGCUCCCGCGGCCCCUCCUGAGGAGCAGCGGCGGCCCUUUCGCGCAUGCUCGGCGCGGGCGCCAUUUUGGUAGGGCCGGGAGUUCUCCAGCGGAGCGACGGCGGAGCUCGCUGGGCCCGGCGCGGAGGGGGCGAGGGGUGCCCGCUGCGGAGAUGGCCAACAUCGCGGUGCAGAGGAUCAAGCGGGAGUUCAAGGAGGUGCUGAAGAGCGAAGAGACGAGCAAAAAUCAAAUUAAAGUAGAUCUUGUAGAUGAGAAUUUUACAGAAUUAAGAGGAGAAAUAGCAGGACCUCCGGACACACCAUAUGAAGGUGGAAGGUAUCAGCUAGAGAUAAAAAUCCCAGAAACAUAUCCGUUCAAUCCUCCUAAGGUGCGGUUUAUCACCAAAAUAUGGCAUCCUAAUAUUAGCUCAGUCACUGGGGCCAUUUGUUUGGAUAUUCUGAAAGAUCAAUGGGCAGCAGCAAUGACUCUAAGAACAGUGUUGUUAUCGCUGCAAGCAUUGUUGGCAGCUGCAGAACCAGAUGAUCCACAAGAUGCAGUAGUGGCAAACCAGUACAAACAAAAUCCAGAAAUGUUUAAACAGACAGCUCGGCUUUGGGCACAUGUGUAUGCUGGAGCACCAGUUUCUAGUCCAGAAUACACCAAAAAAAUAGAAAACCUUUGUGCUAUGGGCUUUGAUAGGAAUGCAGUAAUAGUGGCCUUGUCUUCAAAAUCAUGGGAUGUAGAGACUGCAACAGAAUUACUCCUGAGUAACUGAGCCAUAUAGAGAGAGCUGCUUCUGUAGUCCAGCUUGCCCCUUCUGGAGGAGCAUCACCAUCUGUUAUUCCUAGGAUUCUAUAUAGAUUCUUUCAAAACUGGCACUCUUGCCUGAUGAUGCUAUCUAGGCACUAUUGGAGACUGAAAAAAAGCGCUCUGUAAAUAAAGCUAAUUAAACGUCUGUGUAAAUUUAAAAAGGGGAAAUACUUUAAUUUUUUUUCUUACUAAAUAUUGUAAAAAUUCUUUGAGCUCAGCUAAGAUAAUGGGGGAAAACAAUGCCUACUUUAGUGUUUAGCAGUGUGACAAAGACUAGCAGGAACUUGCUUCAGGAUUUUGAUUUAGUAAUUCAGAAAGCAACAUUUUGAGUGUUAGUCAUCAAAAUUGUUGGUGCCACUCAUCACAGUUAUCUUACUGUUUUUAACAUGGAUCCUAUGUGCCUGUGGAUUGACCUAUAUUUGCAUGCUUGUACUUAAUAGACAUAUUAGAUAGGGUUGCUGAAGAGAGCACCAUUGAAAUACUCAAUUGCUUUUGUAACUUUUUUCCUGACAGACUUUCAAGACUUACCCAAAGUUCCAAAUGGUGACCUAUUCAGAACCAUUUUCUUUGUAGCUUAUUAAUUGGGAAACCUGAUUCUCCUCUCCCUUACAUCAUACUGUUGAUUAUGUUUCAUCAUCUGUGGGUAUUAUGUGUGCCAUUGCAGUAGUCUAGGCUCCCCUUUAAAAAUAUAUAUUUUGAAUUAUCAGUAGUGAUUUUCACCCAUCAUAUUUUCUACACAAUCAUGUAAGGAGUAUGCCUCGAUACAGCACAAAAAGAUGGAGCUGGUUUCAUUUCUUUUUUUUUUUUGUCUUAAAUAGCUGUAAAGUGUUCUUCAGUACACUCUGGAUAAUAUGAUUUCACAGGGUUUGAAGGAGGACAAAGCUGAUUCUCCAGUGUACUGAGAAUGAAAAAAAAAAAAAGUUGAGUACUUGAUACGAUGCAAUCAGCUGUUUUUUGCAGCAGUUUUCUAGCUUUAUUUUGGGCUUCAGUUUAAGGAUUGCUUACCAGGUACUUUAAAAUUCAUCCUUGCUUGCAUUUUUCUCUGGUUAACACAUGGAGGCUGUGUUGGUGUUUUUACUGUACAUACUUCAAAUGCACAUAGAAGUAGAAGUGUGUUCUCAAUUUAGCUUUUUUUUUUGAUUGAUGUUUCUGAUAAAUGAGAACUGAAAUCUUACCUUGGCUUGUACAUACAGUCAGUCUUUUUAUUUGUAUUAAAAUGACAUUUCAUCCUGAGUGCAAAAGCUUGAAAAUUAUUAGUCUUGCAACUUCAAACACUAGUACAUCUAUUUAAAGAGAGCUGUAAUGUCUUUGUGAAUAUGAUGCUAACUUUUGAGAGUAUAUCUGACAAGGAAGUUCAGAGAAAUCCUGAAACUAGAGAGUGGGGAUUGUGGAUAAUGGAGUACUGUAUCAGUCAUCUUUUCUAUGACUCUUUUGUUUUGUUCUGUUUUUUUUCUCUCCUAGGCUGUGGAUUAAUGGGGUGGGGAAAUAUGUGCCUGCUUGGGGUUUUUCUAGAGCUGUGAAGUACAAAUUGAAAUAGUUUUGCACUUCAUGGUCUGUUUAUAACUCAUAAUAGAUGAAAUCAGGAACAUUAUGGUAUCUGUUAAAUACCUGGAGCAUAGUAGUAGGGGGAACAGAACCAGAAAACAAAGCUGUCAAGACCUGGCUAGUUCUGGGAUAUUCCCUGUACUGCUCUGUCUGAUGUGUCCAAACUUAAAACAGGGCACAGACAGUAAAUACUUUGAACUCAUAUCAGUGCAAUACUAAAUGCAUUUGCUUAGUCUUUAUACUUACUGCUUUUUAAGGUGUAGUCAGUGAUCAGUUGUCUUGGGUUUUCUUGAGUUAGUGUAAAUCAUUUGCAAUGAUGCCAAAGGAAAUGAGUUGUUUUGACUUUCCUUAUAUUUAUUUAUUUUUUUAACAAGAAGCUGCUACUGUUCAGCUGGUUUGCUAAGUGAAAACCAGGGACGGUAGGAAACUGGCAAAAUGCUACUUGUGUUAAUCUCAAGUUGCUGUCUUUUCUGUUAUACAGGCUAAGAACUUCUUGAUUACAUCAACACCUUUUUUUUUUACCCUGGUGGUAAAUAUGAAUUGCUGACUACUUUCCCUUGUUCUUCGCUGCUAUUUAUCAAAAGAAAGAACUCGGAAAUCGUUGUCGGGGACAUAAAACUUCUCAGUAACGGGCUUCUGAACGUGUCUUUCAAUAAGACCAGUCUCCUAAGAACAGCAGGCUUCUCCAACAGUAUGUAAAGUGAUGAAGGUAGCCAGGGAAAGGGGGAGAGGGGGAAAAGAGGUUUGUAGGUGAGCACAGUCACCUCUGAAAGAAUGCCCUGUUAAGUUUUACUUCUCUCAUGAAGUUACCUCAUUUUCUUCUCUACUGCAAAACACUUGUCUUCCCCUUCCCCCUUAUGUAUAAAUGUUGGAUUCUGGAUUUUGCCCUCCAUGCAUGUGCUCAGUAGCUUAAUGCUAGCUCAGGUGCUGGCAGGAAGCUUCUCAAGAAGUGAGCUGGGAAGGAAACAUGACCCAGCAUUAAGGAGACAUCUUUGGUCUGAAGUCCCUCUGAAUUUUGACUGGUGACUCCUUUAUAAGGAAUGUUUUUGUAUUCUUGGUAAUUAUCAGAGUUGAAUAUAGGGAUAAUGUUGUACAAGGUUCGUUUAACUGCAGCUGGGGCUGAGCCCUAGGAAUUUUGCUGUUAGUGUUCAGCUUAUCAUUGUGAGACAUUGUACAUACAAAUGGUUGUUCUGUUUUCUGUGUCACUGAACAUCGCUAUAUUCAGGGCCCUGUGCAUUCACAGAUGUGGAGUGGCUGUGCAGCCCACCCCAGGUGUGGACUCAGGCUGCACAUUUACCACUCCUUGCAACAAGAACAUGAAACAUGGGUACAGUGGCUAAGUACAAAUAAAUCAUGCAUUGUCUUCCUCUAUUGUGUGCCAGAAGAUGGCUUGAAACGGUCAUUUUGAAGUCUAUAUGGCCCCAUUUUUCUAAAGAAGGUAUUGGUAAUAACACUUACGGAUUACCAGAGCAUCCAUUGGAUUUCACUGCUGAACAUUGUAACAUGCAAAGUGGUUUAUCCUAUCUUAUCCAAUUCCUCUAAGAGCAAAGUUCAGCUUUGUUCAGAGGUAGGGAAAUGCCCUUUCCUAUUGCCAAAAGCCUCCAUUUUCCCAUGAGUACCGUACCAAAAGCCCUGACUGUAUUCCACCCCCUUGCCAAAUUCACAGCUUCCUCCCAUUCCUUCUGUGAACAAACUGUGUUCUCAAUGUGACAAAUCGGUGCAUUUUGGAGACAAAAAACCUUAGGAACAUAUCCUGGAAAGAUGCAGCAUUUAGUGCAUUCUGCAUACUCCAAGCAUUUUGAUUUUUAGUAUUUUGUUAAGAUUGCAACAGAGUACGUGGGGCCUUGACUAUAAUUGGUUCGGUAGUAUUUAUGAGCAAUUAGGUACUACUGGUGUAUGAAUAUGUCUUAGUUUUUUUCUAAUUAUCACUGUAUUCAACUGUUUUCCAGGUAAAUUAGUAUUGGAACACUGAUAUAAGGAAUAUAGAAACUUUUUUGUUGUUGUCUGAAAGGAGGAAUUAAAUAGCCAGAAAGAAUCUUACCUUGUAACACCAAAUCUGCAUUAGAUGGUGUGGGUAACAGAAACAUUUAAACUAUGCAAAUUUAAGCCUAACAGCUGUGACUCAGACUAGGCACUUCAGAGCUUAUGUCAUUUGGGAAGGGAGAAGGGGAGUGGGGGGAAAUCAAAACACAGAUUCAAGCGAGAGUUCUUGUUUACUGCAUUGGUCAUGCACUGUUUCGAGAAGUUCCAUUUUUAGCGCAGGAGAAGUCAACUGUGCAUGUCCCUUGUUCCCUUCUGAAACACCACCAAAAGCUGGCUUAGACUUGGAGGCUUGCCUGAAGUGGGAAAUGAUAAAUUAUUUAGUAAAUAAAUUUGUUUUACUGAAAUGCUGAUGAGCACAGAGGUAAUCAGAAGAUGAGGUGUCCUCUCCUGCUCUGUUUUGUGAAUGGAGCUGAUGAGUGGGGACACUGAUUUGUGACCAGGUGCGUAGUUUUGUAUGGUUUCGAUGAGCAGCUGGCUCAACGAGAGAUAGCAAAAGUGUAUUUCAUCAGCAUCUGUUGAAUCAUGGAAUUAAAGCAUGAAAGUCAAGAUGCUUGUGGGUGCCUAAAGCCACUUCUGGGAAGACCAAAUAGAUGUUUUCAGUGUUACCAUUCUCGCUUUCCAGGCACAGCUUUCUCCUAGGGCUAGGCAAAGGGGCAAUCACUUCUUUCUUGCUAGUUUUCUGAUCUGUUCCAAACCUAUUCGUGAAUGAUGUAGGUAGCUCUUCUGCUUGUGGUGUUUGUGUCAUCAGCUGAUUCAUCAUCAGACUCACAAGACCAACUGUCGUCAACACAUUUGGCUUCUGGCUUGGUUAUUCCAGCUGCAGUGCUCUGUUGGCAGCAACCUGACUUUGGAUUUGUUCUCACUGGACAAACCCUUGUGAAUCAUUUGCCCUGUACUGUGCUGUGAUGUUCGAUCUGUGCUGUUACCUGCUUUGUCAGCAUCAAACUGGCUCCAGGAUCGCUUGUGGUGCUGAGCCCUUCAUCAAUAAUAUAAGUUCAGAUCACGGCUCAACACAUGAGGAAAUGUUCUGUGACAAUGCUGUGCUUGUCUGGUGUACGAUCUGCAGCGACUGCUGCUGCUCUGGUGCAGUGCCUGAAGAGGGCUGCUGUCAUGGGAAUGCUGAUGUCUACUGCUGAAGAGCCCUGCUUUUCACUUACCUUUUCCAUCCUAAAUUCUGACUUUUCUAAAAAAUAAAUAUUUACCUAUAAGUACUGCAGGAGGUUGGUUCCUAAGCACCAGACUUCCUGUGGAGGUGGAACUGGGGUGGGGAGGCUGGAAUGCAGCAUCAGUGUUUUUUGUCUUGAAAAUAAAAACUACACAAACACUUUUGUACACAAAUGAUUUUUUAAAUAAACACACAUUUUAAAAGAUGUUGAUUUUUCACUGGGAAUGCUUAACAAUAAAUGCAUGUUUCCCUGAAAACAGUUUUCAUUUUAUUUCUGGUAAUUCAGAUUGUUCUAAGAUUACAGGGUCUACUGCUUCCAUGUCAGUAACGAGAGAAAUUUUCAUUUUCAUGGUGCACAUUAAAAACUUUUGAAGAAGAAAAUUUUGUAAAUAGAAGUUGUGUAAUGGAAGCGUGUGUUAUUUCAACUAGGACUGCCUCAUGUGAUGGCCUGACCAUCCUGAACCACCUCUUGUCUCCUUUCAAAGGCUGUGUCUGAAGAAACAAAGCCGCUAAUACAGAGGAAAAGUUCUCUCUGGAUUUCCCUGCACCACUUAUGUUUAUGUCAUCUUUGUACAUUUUAAACUGUACCUCAAACUGCAGUUGGUUCAUGCACAGGGAGGCGACAGCCUGGUGGCUAAUGGCACUGCCCUGCUGCUCAGCUCCAGAAGAAUCUAGGAGGGAUGAUGACUAUGGAUUUACUACCAGUACAAACUUCACUUCUUUGGCAUUUGUCAAUGUUUGUUAAAUGGAGUAAAGCAAUUUGAAGACAGCGGCUGCACGGCUGAAGCAAAGAGCAGUGAGUUUGCUGUGAAGCUGGUUGUAAUACUGUGUUUCAGAUCUGCGUUCCAUCUUCAGGUGCGUGUCUGUCCCUGCACAGGUUUCUGGGCAGGCUCUGCCAGCUGGAUCGUGCUGCACUGUUUAUGGUGUAAGAUGUUUGAGUUUUUUGUUUAAUUUUACUGUCAUCAGGAGCUGUGUUGUUAUUGUGGUACCUCAUUCUUUAAGAGGGGUGAGGGAGAGGGAGCACUCCCCACUCCCUCUCCUGCAGGUCUUAGCCUGACAAUAAUUCAGAGUUAAAAAAAAAAGCCAAUUUCCCCAGUUUGUGUAGUUAGACACUGACAUGAGUAACUGAGAGCUGCUUUAUUCUGAAAUACUUGUGAAGUUGUCCAACAGCCUUGUCAUUUCUUCCAGCGCCCCAAAACUGGAAGCGAGUUCACAGCUGAAAUGGACUGAUGGUGCUUGCUAGCUUGACUUGUCCUGUACUUAGUUUUCUGUUUCAGUGGCUGUAAUAUUGACACAUUUGGCUCUCAGAUGGGUAACUGAUACCUCCAAUACAGCAAAUCCAGGAUUUUAAAUUGUUUUUAAGGUCAAGUCUGGAUCUGGAGCACCUGUGUCUGGUAUAAUGUCAAAUAAAUUACAUUGCUUCACUUA